AUGACACGAUGCCCACGUUCUCCGUCAUGUUAAAAGGAGCGGUGCUCAUCAGCAGGACUCUGAUGGGCCCAUACGGGGUGGACCGUGCGGUCCAUUCUCUGGAGUUUAAUGAGUGUGAGAACGGCCUGGGUAUCAAAGUGAUCGGAGGAGUGAAGGAGCAGACUGGAGAGGAGUUUGGAGUCUACGUCAAACGCAUUCUCCCUGGAGGACUGGCAGCGUGCGACGGAAACCUCCUGCCCGGAGACCAGAUCCUGGAGGUGAACGGAGACAGUCUGGUGGGAGUGACCAGUGACCGAGCCGUGGACGUUCUGAGAGCCGCGUCUGCCACCAACCACAUGAGACUCCUGAUCGCCCGAGACGAGGAGGCCAAGAGGGAGUUUGCUGAGCUGAUGGAGAAAUACGGCUCCAACGGCAGCACCAGCUCCACCCGGAACUCCCCCACCCAACAGAGCACCGACCCCCACAGCAACCAGCCCCCCUGCAACGCCAAGACCCCCAACGGUGGGCGGUACCUCGACAGCACCUCCUCAGGCUCCUCCUCCCGCUCCCAGAGUCCUUUGCUGCUCAGUCCAGCUGGCUCUCAAAACAUGUACAACAACAGCGGACCUCUGCUGCGAUCGCUCAGUCACCCGGGGGAAGGGGUGAUCCAGCUCAUCUCCGUGGCUCGCUCCUCCAGCCUCGGCAUCACCAUCGGAGGAGGAUCCAACCGUCCGGACGGUCCCGCCGUCUUCAUCCAGGAGGUGCUGUCGGGAGGAGACUGCCACAGGGACGGGCGUCUGAGGCCUGGAGAUCAGCUCAUCGCCAUCAACAAAGAGUCUCUGAUCGGACUGACCCAUGAGGAGGCCAAGCUCAUGCUCAACAAAGUGAAGACCACGGGACAGGACAGUGCGGUGGAGAUCGCCUUCAUCCCGGGGAAAGGCCUGUUCUCCAGCUCCACGUCUCUGCACAACGGAGUCCAGAGAGCCACGGGACGCCUCAAAGUGCACAUCCGCUCGCCCGAGAUCUGCACAGAGGAGCCUUCUCAAGUGUCCACCCCAUCCCCCGACAUCUGUCCCCCGGAUAUACACGUCUCAGGGUCAAGUCAGAGGUCACCCACAGGUCAAAGGUCACCCACAGCGACCAAGCCCAAGAUCACCCUGGACCCCUACAUCCGACUCAAGGCCGACAAGCUGGACCUGGCCGUCCGCUUCCUGGGGUUAGAGGUCACGGAGGAGCAAAGGAACAAACUUCGACUGGUGCUGGAUCCAGACCCCCAGGGCACAGUGUCCUAUGGAGACUUUGUGGAGGCGACUCGCAGCCUUUUCCAGGAGCGUCUGGAGGAGCUGGGCAUGGGGGCGGGACCUUUCAUGUUCACCUAUCAGGAGGCAGCCAGCCUGAUGGACACGUCCGCCUUCCACUCCCCGACGUACGAGUCCGAGUGCAGCUGUAGCUCAGAGGAGAUGGAGAGCUUCCAGUCUGAGGUGAGACAGCUGCAGAGCCAGAUGAGACAGCUCAAGACGAUAUUGAAGGACAUGGAGAGCAGUAAGAAGACUUUGGAGGAGGAGCUACAGAAGACCUCAGAGAAGGCGUGUGUGACGGUGGAGGAGAACGCUCGGCUGCGCUCCCGUCUUCAGGCGGUGGAGCAGAGGAGCAGCAGCAGCGCGGAGCAGGACUAUGAGGAGGUCAUCGGGCUCCUGGAGGCCGAGAUCAGGGACCUCAAGAACCAGCUGGGAACCAGGAAACUGGGAGCAGGGGUCAAGGAGGACGUGCGUGAUCUGACCCGCAGACUGUCCACCAUAGACUCUCAGCUUAGAAGGUCAGAGGUCAGCCGCAGGCACCUGGAGGUCUCCAACCGAAAACUGCUUGGUUUUGCACAGAACGUCCACAAAGUGCUGUCCAUUCCCAGCCUGUUGUGUCCAGAGGCGGGCAGUCGCUCCUCCCCCUCCACAGACUCCCCUGACUCCCCCCGGGACCCCGCCCUGCAGCUCGCUGUGGAGGCCAAGGAGCUGGUGGAGAGCGCAGGAGCCCUGACCGACGACCACAAAGGGAGCAAAGAGGAGGAGGCCCCUGACAUCAGCCUGUGAGGCCAGGACUGUGGGAGGCCCGGGACCCGCCGGAGAACAGGCUCUGAACCCAGGACACACGCAACACAUCCAGCAAUAAAGCUCCCCCCUCAGACAGACCACUCUCAUUUUAAUGCCAAAGCCGCUCUCACUGGACAGACGGUCAGAGGUCAGAGGUCAGAGGGCCCGGGACUCCCUCAGUGGACUGCCAAACAGACCACCUCAGGACCCAAAGGUGCAUGAGUCCAGGCCCAUGUUUUAGUUUCUCGUUGUGUUCUGUCUGUAGACUGUGUAUAGAAGAGGACGAAGUGACUG